AUGGCCUCCCCACCCCCACCACCAGGAGAAGCAGCAGGAGGAAGCUACGCCACCGCCCUGACCCGCCUCGCGCAACUACAAUCCAACCGCGCCAUAACCUCCCUCUUCGACCCCCCCCCCACCACCACAGGACCCGCCCAAGGAAAACCCAUCGACAUCAACGCCCUCGCCAUCCCCGAAAUGCUCGCCUGGCUCUCCCGCGCCGGCCUCCCCCCGUCCACCCUCGCCGCCUCCCCGCUGCGCUGCGUGCAUGUCGCGGGUACGAAGGGCAAGGGGAGUGUGAGUGCGUUGGUGGCGGGGGUGUUGGGUCAGUACUCUCCUCAGGUUUCUUCCUCUUCCGGAGGUGGGGAUGUGGAUGGGGAUGGUGGUGGUGGUGGGGUGGGCCUGUACACAUCGCCGCACGUGCUAUCGGUGCGGGAGCGGAUUGUUCUGGAAGGGGCGCCGAUCGCGCGCGAGAAGCUGGGGCGGGAGGUGGUUACCGCCGCGGUGGUGACGCAGUUGGGGAUUGACCAUGUGAGUAUGCUGGGGGAUACGGUGGAGAAGAUUGCGUGGCAUAAGAGUGGGGUGUUUAAGGAGGGGGUGAAGGCCUUUACGAGGAAGUUGCCGGAGGAGCAGGCGGCGGUGAUGGAGGUGCUGAGGGCGCGGGCGAGGGAGAAGGGUGCUGUGUUGGUGGAGGUGACGGACGAGGAGGUUGAGAGGUGGGGUGGAGUUGAGGGGGCGAGGUUGCAAGGCCCGUUCCAGAAGUACAACAUGGCGUUGGCCGUGUAUGCCGCGAGGGAACAUCUACUGCAGACCGGGGUCAAGUUUGAGGGGCGCUUUGGGACGGACGAGUGGUCGCUGAACGAUAUUCCUCCCGAAUUCGUCAAGGGGCUGAAAGAAGCAGCCCUGCGCGGGCGUUGUGAGAUUCUCAAGGGUGAGGAUGGCAUUGAGUGGCAUGUGGAUGGCGCACACACUGAUGACAGCCUUGCUGGGGUUGGGCGGUGGUUUGGGGCCAGAACCAGCGGCGACGAGAUACGGAUCCUGGUGUUCAACCAGCAGGAGAGGGAUCCAACCCCCUUGCUGAGGGCGCUGUUGGCUGGCGUGAAGGGGGCCACGACGUUCACUCACGCUAUCUUCACGAGAAACAAGGAGCAGAAGCCAGAGAGCGAGGACCGCGACCUCUCUACUCAGAUCAGGGCGCAGGAGACGAUGCGGGAGGUUGACAGCACUACCGAAUCAACGGUGCAGAAUGCCGUGGAGCCUACGAUCGAGCAGGUUAAGUCUAUCGCGGCCCAGGCGAGGAAGGACGGAAAGGCGUGUAAGGUCCUGGUCACUGGGAGCUUCUACCUGGUGGGCGCCGUGCUCAAACUCAUCGACCAUGUUGAAUACUAG